CUGUAUCAAGCUCCCCCUCUCUCCUCCCCAAUUGCAUUGCCCUCCGGGAGGCGUUUUACUUUGGGGGGGCACAUCCGUUUGUCCCUCCUGCUGGACGAGGAAGGGGGAUUUCCCUGCUCCCAUAGGACCCUCGCACGGUGCCCACAAUGGGGAGGGGCCCUGGGGCGAGCGGGACAGGAAUGGGGGGUGGGCGAACGAGCAUCCCCGGCUGCACUUGACUUUUACCCACGUUGCCGCUCUCUCCCUCCUCUCCGUGUCCCCCCGUGUGUGUCCCCCGUGUCCCCACCGUGUCCCCGUGGAUGUCCCCCCUCCGUACGUCCCCCGUCUGCCCCCCCCAGCCAUGCAGCAGGUCCUGGACAACCUGAUGGGGCUCCCGGGGUCCCCGGGGGUGGCCGACCUUGACCUCAUCUUCCUGCGGGGCAUCAUGGAGAGCCCCAUCGUCCGCUCCCUGGCCAAGGCGCACGAGCGGCUGGAGGAGCGGAAGCUGGAGGCGGUUCGCGGGGACAACCUGGCGCUGGUACAGGAGAUCCUGCGGGACAUCGGGCGGCUGGCGCGGCCCGACGGGCAGGGGGCGGCGGCCGAGCUGGCCCGGAUCCUGCGGGAACCGCACUUCCAGGUGCGGGGGGCACGCGCGGGACACGUGUGGGACACUUCUGUGCUGGGGGGUGUGGGACAAGUGUGUGCUGGGGGUGUGACACAGGUGGGAUCCCCCUCCUGUGCUAGAUCCCCCUCCUGUCCUGUGUGACACGUGUGUGUGCUGGGGAGCGUGUGACA